AUGAUUGAAGAGUCGUUUACACUGCAAAAUCCAUCAGAUGCAUUGGAAGCCUGCAUUGCACAUUCUCAAUCCACAAAAUUUGAUUCUGUGGUCAUAGAAAUGUGUGCAAGAUUUUUGGAGUCCAACCCAUCCUACACGCGAAAACGAUACUUUGAGCACCUUGGGACAGGGCCUGAGAAAUCACAGCCAUCUAUUCUGAAGCCACCAAAGUUGGAACUUAAGCAGUUGUCCCCACACCUAAGAUAUGUUAUAAUCAUAUACCAGUGGCACCGGAUGAUCAGGAGAAGACCAUCUUCACAUGCCCCUAUGGUUAUUGAGAAACUACCACCACCUACAUCAGUAAAAGGAGUUCGAAGCUUCCUUGGGCAUGCAGGGUUUUACAGGAGGUUUAUAAAGGACUUCUCAAAAAUUACCAAGCCCCUGUGCAACUUGCUAAUGAAAGAGGUAUCUUUUGAGUUUAAUGAGGCAUGUUUUAUAGCGUUCAAUACUUUGAAGCAAAAACUAACCACAGUGCCUGUGAUUGUGUCACCUGAUUGGGAUUUGCCCUUUGAGCUAAUGUGCGAUGCGAGUGAUCAUGCAGUUGGUGCGGAAUUGCUAGCUGUGGUUUAUGCAUUCGACAAGUUCAGAUCGUAUCUUGUUAGGUCUAAGGUCAUCGUCUACAUGGAUCAUGCCGCUCUGAAGUACCUUAUGACAAAGAAGGAUGCUAAGCCGAGAUUAAUCCGCUGGAUAUUGUUGUUGCAAGAGUUUGAUAUUGAGAUCAAGGAUAAGAAGGGCAAUGAGCAAAUUUUUGGAGUAGAAAUAGUCGCAUGGUACGCUGAUAUUAUUAACUACCUUGCUAAGUCCAUUCCUCCACCAGAGUAUUCUAGCCAUCAAAGAAAGAAGUUCUUCGCAGAGCUGAAAUAUUACUUUUGGGAGGAUCCCAUUCUCUACAGAAGAGGGGCAGAUCAGAUAAUCAGAAGAUGCAUUCCCGAAGAUGAAGUACCGAAGAUUCUAGAGCAUUGUCACUCUUCUGCAUAUGCUGGGCAUUUUGGAGCUUCAAAGACUGAUACAAAGAUACUACAGUCGGGUUUCUAUUGGCCUACUUUAUUCAGAGACACAUUCGAGUAUGUAAAGAAAUGUGAUAGAUGCCAACGAACCGGAAAUAUCUCAAGAAGAAAUGAGAUGCCACUAAACUACAUCUUUGGAGCUGUUGCAUUGCCCACCAAUGACACAAAAGUGAUAAUAGAGUUCUUGAAGAAGUACAUAUUUACAAGAUAUGGUACACCGAAGGCGAUAAUAAGUGAUGGAGGCAAACACUUCAUAAAUCGUCAAUUAGAGCAGCUGUUGAACAAAUAUGGGGUGAAACAUAAAGUAGCAACUCCAUAUCAUCCACAAACCAAUGGGCAAGUUGAAGUUUCGAACAGACAAUUAAAGAGAAUACUGGAAGUUGCAGUGAACUCAUCCCGAAAAGAUUGA